GGGCGAAGACCAAAAGGAUGAGAAGAGAAACAAUCACCAAAGACUCCUGCUGUGAUACCUGUCUGAUUCACAUAUAUAAGUGCUCACAACAACCGCGCUCAAAGACAGAUGUGACCAUGAUCAUUGACACACUACAACUACAACACAAGCACCUCUUCGAUAAUCUCUAUAUACACCAUCUCAGACUACACCACACGAAAUAGUCUCCCAACAUAUUCAUCAUUAUUUAACAUGAAGACCUCAUUUAUCGCCAUCCUCGCUGCCGCCGCCGGCAUGGCCAUUGCUGACAGCCUUGACGUGCCCGACUGUGCAAAGCAGUGUGUUAAUGACGACAUCCAGAAGAGUGGCUGCGCUCAAGAUCAGAUCAAAGAUUGCUACUGCCAGAAGGCCAACGUCAACUCACUUGUAAACUGCGUCAGCGGCGCCUGCAAAGACCAGAACGACCUGAUCAAGGCUGCCCAGGCUGCACAGAAGUCUUGCCCACAGCUCACAGGCGGCGGCUUCAUCCCUGGUACAAACAAUGGCGGUGGCAACAACAACGGCGGCAACAACGGAGGAAAGAACUAGGCUUCACCAGAGUUGACUCAUUGAUACAAAUUGCCGUGUAUCGACCGGGUCUCACCUCCAAAGCUAAGGGGUUGUUUUCGAGCCCAACAUGGUGCUGUAUGCAUGAGAAUUGCGCACAGCGUAAGAGGAGAAAUUGGGGGGAGCCAAGUCUGGAAGGGGUUUUUUUUUUCGGUGCUGGUGUUAUUGACAAGUUGCGGUCAUGAUUCUUGUACAC